UCUAAUGACCUACUCCUGCACUGUCGAUCGACGUCGGAGUAUACUUGGUCGGUUCCAGCGAAGUUGAGUUCAGUCAUUGAGCGACCGUUUCCGAGGUCUGGACUGUGUUCACUACGUAAGUCUGACUCACAGGCACGGCUGAUGCUAGAUAAUAGUGUCAUAGAAAAGCAGAGCCCUCGCUUCUUGCACUAACUGAAGUCGGCUCAUCUCUUACAAUCAAUAUGCGUCUCUUUGUGCUUAGUUUGACGUUAAUCGUGAACAUGCUAGUUGUUAAAAAAGUUUCUGCCCAUGGAAGACUGAUAGAGCCACCAUCGAGAGCCUCUAUGUGGAGGUAUGGCUUUGAUACACCACACGAUUACAAUGAUCAUGAAUGUUAUUGUGGUGGUUUCACCCGGCAGUGGCAACGGAAUAAAGGAAAAUGUGGCAUUUGCGGAGAUCCCUGGGAUUCUUCAACGCCUCGUUUGCAUGAAAGUGGUGGCAAGUAUGGAAACGGAGUGAUUGUCCGUCGUUAUCGUACUGGAUCUAUCAUACCGGUGCGUGUGGAGUUGACGGCGAAUCAUCACGGCUACUUCGAGUUCCGUACGUGCGCGAUGUCUUAUCACGACCGGGAGGUCACCCAAGACUGCUUGGACCAGCAUUUACUCCGUACCAAAAACGGAUCUAUCCGUUAUUAUCCCAGUCCUGGCAACCAAAUUUUCGAGAGCUACUACAAACUGCCGGAGGGUCUGACCUGCGCUCAAUGUGUUUUCCAGUGGCGAUAUGUCGCAGGCAAUAACUGGGGCGACUGUGGAAACGGCACAGGAGCGGUUGGAUGUGGCCCUCAGGAGGAGUUCCGUGCCUGCGCCGACAUCACCAUCAAUGAUAAUGAGACAUCAUUACUGCCGAAAUUACCGAAGCAGCCAACUACUACAUUUACGGGAGAAUCGCCGACAGAUACAAGUCCGUUGCCGAAAUCUGGGCCGUACUUAUUGUUCAGUAUUAUCAUUGCCGGUGCAUGUCUGUUGGUGGUGCUGGCCGCUAUGGCGUUGCUUUAUACAUAUUACUAUCACGCCGGCCGAGCUAAAAAGUGGCUCAUGGCAAGGAGAUUGUUGACUCAAGAUAUUCCGCCAGUUGCACCACCGAGACAUAAAAAGUAUCAUAAUCACAUAUCAAGCACGCAUCUGCAACUGUAGAGCUCUGUAUCUCAAUUGCCAAUACCACUAUUUUGGGAAAAGGAAUUGUUACGAAGAAUUUUGAUAUUUUUAUAUCUUAAAAAGAAAUAAGACAAAUUAGAAUAUUUAUAGUAGUUAAC